AUGGAGAUUGAAGAGAAAUAUGAGAAAGCUAGAAGAAUCACUCAGUUUGCAAAAUGGUCGGACAAUGCAGACAAUCUGACAGGAUUACCUGUUUUAGAUAACAAGAGAAAGGGAUGGCAUAUCCCUGCAAAUGUUAUAAAAAAGAAGGCCAGGCAAGAUUUAGAGGGAGAAAAUACAGACAAAAACGGGGAAAAUAAACAAAUUUUUUCAAAGACCGAAUUGAGGCGUUUAAAAGAGAUAAAAAAGAAGGAAUCUAUGAAGCUAAAGAAAAAUAGGCAGAGUAACAAAGUUAAUUACGAAGAUAAUAACUAUAAUGGGGAAAUAAAGAUUUCAAUAAAGAGACCGAGGGAUAUUGCAAGAAUUUGCGAUAUGGUAAUGUCUGAUCCAGAAAAAAACAUAGAGCUGUUGGUAUUACUUUUGGAAUAUUGUGAACGGAAUUGGAAUUCAAGUAAAAAGGAGAUGAAAGGUAAUAAUUUGGAUAAUAAUGCGAUUAAUUUCCCAAUCGAACUCAGUGUUAUUUCUCUUGUGUUAGUUGUGAAGGAUCUUGUUCCUGGCUAUAAGAUUUCAAACCAAAUAAUAGACUUAGAAGGUACAGGUUCAGAAUCGACUAGUGGUAAAGUUAUUCUUAGUAAAGAAACUCAAAGGAUCCACUCUUUUGAGAGGAAAAUUCUUAAUAUUUAUAAGAGAACGUGCCUUUUACUAAAAAAAGUACUUGGAUUUGGUGGCAAAAUUAGUACCAUAAUAACCAAAAGUAAAUCCGCAAUUUUAAGAUCGACGUUGGACUUGCUGGAUGCAACAUAUCACUUCAAUCACCAUAUUAUAUUACUGAGAAUUAUUAUACUAUUUUUAAUGUCGGGGGAUGAUAAGGAUCUUCAAACUAGUUCUUGUCUUUCUUACUGUAGUGAAGGACUAACAAACGUAUUAACCAACGAUACAUCUCUUGAAACUGGAGUAGAAGCAGUCAAUAUAAUUCACGAGGUUUUAUUUAAUAGAAAAAGUAAAAAGAAUUCCGUAAGUCUGUUCACUCUUUCGAAAUGGGUUCUAUUGCCCUUUACCAAAUAUACUCCUUGGCACAGAAUUGAGGAAUCAAAGAGUGAGUUUAGAAGGAUUUUUGGCCCAAACACUAAUACCAUUAGCAAGGAACUCAUUGAUGAAAUUCAAAAAACAAGUGCCACUAGAGUAAAGGUUGAGAUACUUAUUGAAAGAGAGGAACAAAUCUUAAAGCAUCUUUUCGCAUUUUACUCAAAGGUUUUACUGUUAGAUUUGGAUGAACUUGAACACGUUUAUCUAGGAAUAUCUCAUUAUAGUAACAGAAUAAACCCAAAGAUCAGAUCUGAACUUAUUGAACUUAUCAAAAAGAAACUUUAUAAGAGCGAUACUCUAAAAUGGAAAAGCUUCGUAGCAGUACUUAAAUGUUGUUUUUCUUUACUUCAAAGAGGAAACCAACUUAAUGAGCAACAGCUUGAAGACAAUUCUUGGAUUUUGAGAUACCUUGUUUUAAGACUCGAAAAAGAACACAUUAAAAUGAAAAGCAUUCUCAACUCUCCCAAAAAUAUUAAUUCAAGUUAUUUAAACGAAAUGGGAAUUGCUUUUCAAGAUAAAGAUUUACCUACCAUUAUUUUGAAUACAAGUAUAUUUUCAAGCUCUAAUUCGAGUUAUCUUUACCGUCUUAUAUUUGUUAUAACGCAAAUUUCACUUUUAUUAUCCAAAUCUGGCCAAGAUGAUUCAAGCUUCUUCCUGAUUAAGCUUUGCGGUCAGUUAAUUAUCAAAUACCCAAAACUCAAAGUUCUUUUAGAUCCAGAAGGUAUUUCAUGCAAUGAUUUCCCUAUUGAUGCAAAUUCCAUAUUAUCUGCGUGGCAAUACCAAGAAAUUUCUCUAUACUAUAUUUUGAAUGAAAUUAUUGAAUGCCAUAAGUCUAGUUCAAAACUUAAGAUGGCUUGUAAUAUGCUUCUUUCGGAGUCUGCUGAUAAUACAAUUCAAAAAAAUGCAGUAAUUUCAAUUAAAAAGCACUUUGGAAAAAACAGAUUCAACUGUGAUAAUUUUGAGUCUUCAAAGAAAACGAUUGAAGAACUCAAACCAUUAUAUUAUAUUUUGAAAUUAGUUAAUAUGUAA